CCAUAGAUAUAUAUAUGGUGCUAGCCAGCUAGCUUGAAAACAAAACACAAAAUCUGAAUUUGGCAUUCCAUGGAAACCAUCCUUUUGAUCACUCAUAACUCCAACAUGGACUUUGUUGGAUACUAUUGUAACGUUUCUUUUUGAGUUGUCGGGUUUCAUGGUUUACAAUUGUGGUUGCAUAUCCGAAAUGAAGAGACUAACAAACUGCACGCGGUUGCAGCAGUAUUGGUAAAGUUAGCUUGAGAUUUUGAGCUCAUGUUUUUAGAAUCCAUCAUGUUGCUCGAAUCAUUACAAGGAGCCGAGGCAGGAGGAUUGAUUAUUAUAAAAGAUUCGGUGAAUUACUCUGGUCGACAUCUCCUCAAAAGCUACAUUAAUGCAGCACUGAAUAGGGAGGAAGUUGUCCACGUGCUGGGUUUCGAGGUCAGUGAGCAGGAACUCAAAGAUGGAUUAGACAGAUCAUCCAUUCAAAGGGUACACUUUCAUGAUGCAUAUACUGACCCCCUCGGCUGGACCGAAAACCCACGUUUCACCAUCCACCAGUUUACCACAGACGAUAUCAGCACUUGUCUUAAGCAAACACCCAAUAACAAAGGAUUGACACUCGUCAUUGACUCUUUGACGUGGAUUUUGAGGCAUCUCAAUCCCACUGUCAUCUGUCAGACUCUCCAUCAACUUAAGAAAGGUGGAGCUGUGAGAACUAUCAUUGGCCUGCUGCAUGCAGACCUGCACCAGCAUGGCACUGUGGGAAGUGUAUGCCACUUGGCUACCUCAGUCAUCACAGUAGCACCUGGGCCCAGGGAUCAGGGGACUGUUGCCAAAAUAACAAGACGCUCAAAAUCUGGAAAGAUUUUGCAAGCUGAGGAGAUCUUUAGCAUCAAAGAAGACUUAACAGUCACAGUACAUGGCAAGCCCAACCCUUCAGGAGCCAAACAGAUGGACACAGUGGAAACUGAGACAGAUCCAACAGCCAACUUGACUUUCAACCUCCGUCUGUCUGAGAAGGAGCGCCAAGCUAAAGAAAAACUGUCGCUCCCCUUUGUUUUCAGUAAAGACAAGAAGUCGGCUCUGCUCCACUCUGGCCCUGGCUCAGGGCGCAUCGUGUACGAGCCUGACGCCAACGAUGACUUUGACCAGGAGGAUCCUGAUGACGACCUGGAUGUAUAGGCCAGGAAACCCCACUAAAGCAGGAGUUUCUUUUCUAAACACAGCUAAUGGGACCUCGGAUAUGUGACAUUCUGGAGAACCCUGAAUCACAGACCAGAGGCUAGGCAGAAACAUUUUCUCAUGGCAUUUACAUAAAAUGUUUGUGUCUAUGAAUUCAGAAUGCAAGAGCACUGCUAGCGUUGCUAAUAGUGCAAGAAGACUGCAGUUGGAGUGCUUUAUAAUUUUUUUUUUUAACACAUUUGACAAGUAGGCCUAUACUCAAUGCUUUAAGAUAUGAUGAACAGAGAUGUACAGAGUCAAAGAAAAUUGGUAUGCGCUGUCGAUGCAAAUGGUUGUAUACCUUGGCUGAAUGAAAGCUUGUCAUAAGAUCUGUCUCCUGGUAAAUGAAGAGCAGCUGAAGGCUGAACACAAUAAGCCUUUAUUCAAAUAAAACACUGUUUUGUUUGUCUCCUUGUGGAUGUUGCAUAAAAAUAUAUAUA